AUGUCCCGGAAUCAGUCGCUCAUCAAGAAGAACAUCGAGCUCCAGGACCUUAAGCCUGCCGACGUCCUCAUUGAGCGCUUUGUUGCGUGGAAGGUCAUCGUGAAGCAGCUGACGUCGUAUUUCGAGGGCAUCGCGGACAUUGAGAACAACACGUCGCGAGAGCUGACGAAGCUCGCGGGUGUCAUCCAAGUCCCGUUCAAAGCUGGCAACCAAUUUCUAGGAGAUGGUGGGCUUCAGGACGUCUACUACGAUAUUCGGGAUCGAACACGAAUCAUCGCCGACCAACAUGCCGACCUUGGUCGAACCAUCGACUCGUCCAUCGUCCAGCACCUACAGAAGCUGAGGGCGGAGAUUAAGGCGCAUAUAAAGAAUGUCCAGAACGACACGGGCAAGCUCGCCGCGACUGUCGCUAAGGAACGCGAGCUGUCCACGAGGCUCGUCGGCGAACUCGCGAACAACAUAUCCACGUUCAAGAAUACGCCUAUGAAUCUUCAGGCACGCCAGGAUCCAUAUGUCGCCAACCUCGCCGUAUCCCGCCAACUCCAACGUCAAGUCCUCGAAGAGAACCUCCUCCAAAAGUCCAUCGUCAUGAUGCAGCAAAACUCCGCCGCCUUCGAAGAGGGUAUCGUCCGCUCCAUCCAAUCGGCAUGGGCGACCUUCGACGAGUGGCAAUCCCGCGCCGCUACCUCCACCCAGUCCGUCUUCCGCUCGUUAGCAGGACAUAUGGCCGGCCUUGCCCCAGACCGCGAGUGGAUCCAGUUCGCAGCUCGCUCGGACCACUUGCUCGACCCGGAGACACCGCUGAGAGACCCGGAAGCGAUCAACUAUCCGCUGAAGGACGACUCGUCGGUGAGCCCUGUGCAUACGGGUCAUUUGGAACGGAAGAAGAGGUUCACGAGGGCGUGGGCGGAGGGCUACUUCGUCCUCACCCCGGCUGGGUUCUUGCACUCGUUCGCCUCGUCCGACCCCACUCAAACGCAUACACCUACGUUCUCGCUGUUCCUGCCUUCGUGCACCCUCGGCCCGCCCUCGCCUCCUUCUGCGAAGGCCCACAAGUUCCACAUCGAGGGAAGGAAAGACGGUGUGGGCACGACGUCCUCCAAGUCGGGCUCGGUCCGGGGUAUGUUUGGAAGCUUGGGUGGUGGAAAGAGUGGCGAGGGCGCGAAGGCUUGGAGCUUCAGAGCGAGGAGCCGCGAGGACAUGAUGGAGUGGUGGAACGAUAUCAGGAUGCUGUGUGCGAGGUAUUUGGUGGCGAGCGAGAUGGUUGAUCGGACGGGCCCGGUUGAGGCGGCCGUUAGGGCGGUUGGAUACUCGGAAGAGGAUCUAGAGGGCGAGGAGGAGGUUGAUGGAGAGGAAGAGGAGGGUAGUAGCGUUGAGGAGGAGGAGGAAGAGGAGGUUGAUGGAGAAGCAGAGGAGGUUGCACCCCCAGGCUACACCCAUCCAGAGAAAAACUACCCCGUCGAGAUUGGCCCGAACGGGUACGCUAUCGAGAAGAAAAGCCCACCCGGGCAUCACACGUCCACGAACGGGACGUACGGUACGACGAAUGGCAACAUGAACAACUCGAAUCCCAGCAUCCGGACGUCGCCUCCGAUGAAUGGGGCGCAUAACUCAGCAGCGAACGCACCGAUGCAGCCCAAUAUGAACUAUCAUGCGUCACCCACGUUGCAUGCGGGGCAUCAUCACCACGUACAGUCGCAGCAGGCCUCGCCCGUCGUUGAGUCGACACACACCCCGAGUCCGCGCCAUUCGCUCAUCCGCGAGCCUGGGGCUGGUCGUGUAGCUAGCCCUGCGCUUCGUAAUGGGAAUGGGGGUGCUGCUGGGCCGACUGUUGAUGCUGGAGUCGAUGAUGAACCUCCGCAAGGACCUGGAGUGAGGAGGAGACUGAGCAAGAGGCAGAUGGAGAAGGCACCGGAGGGGCGGGUCGUUGACCUUGGGCACGAUGAUGGCGAGGAAGGGAGCGUUGUCGUUGAUUAUACGGAUGAAGAAGAGGUGGAAGAAGACAACAUUGGGCUUGUGCACGCGGAUGGGCCGUCAAGGAUGUACGCCCCUCCUGCUUCGAAUGCCGCGAACCACAACGUCAACGUUGGCGUCAACCGCAACACCAGCGUGACGAAUGUCUCUGCUGCUGUCGACACCGACUCGGAGGUGGACGAUGACGAGGAUAUGUACGUCCAGCCCGUCGAGCAGCCUCAGCCCGUCAAGCAACCUCAACCUGCCGCUGGCACUGCUGCUGCUGCUGCUCACACCUCGCGUACGACUUCGCCUCGAGCGACCCCUGCCCCAUCUCCAGUUCCAGCGACGGCUACCCGGGUUUCUCCUCAUGUCUCACCCGGAGCUUCGCCAGCCAUCAGCCCAGCGGCACCAAGCUCGAAGAUCACCCCUCAGGCUGAUGUAGCGGGGUACGACGUUGGCGAAGGCGCCAUGGAAGAUGAGAAAGGGGCGAAGGAGACGAAGAACGCCGAGGCCGCAGAGGAACACAAGGCGGGUGGUGGGUUGAUAGCGUCGAUUGGGCACGCUGUUUGGGGCUAA